AUGAAACUAUUCUAUAUUUUUGCUAUAGUUCUAUGGUAUGUUAGAUGUUCUCGUUGUGGCUCUUUGUUCGCGAGUUACUAUGAAUCUACGUUACAUUCACAAAUGAGUCUCAAUGAAACACAUACAGGAAGUUUAUUGGCUCCCUUCAAUCGAACACGUACACCAGGGUCUUUAGGUUCUUCUCAAGUGCGGGAUUUUGUGAUCAAUGAAUUCAAGUCGAUGACCCAAAAUUGGGUAAUAGAAUUGCACGAAUUCGAGGAAAAUGGUUACAACUUUACCAAUAUGGUGUUUAGCCUUGGUGCAAAUGACAGUAAUUACCUUGCACUUGCAGCCCACUACGACUCCAAACUUUCUCCUGAGGGCUUUAUUGGCGGAAUUGACAGCGCAGCCCCAUGCGGAAUGCUACUAUAUGUCUCACAUUUUCUGGACCAUGUGCUAACUAAUGACAUGCAAUCGAUAGAUACUUUGCUACUGGAUAAAUUUACAGGCGUUAAGUUUAUCUUUUUUGAUGGAGAGGAGGCUAUUAACGAAUGGACAGCUACUGAUUCUUUGUACGGGUCAAGAUACGCUGCUAAAAAAUGGGCGCAGGAGGGCACGCUCAAAAAAAUGGACAUGUUAGUUCUUUUGGACCUUUUGGGAGGCGAAGAGGAUAUUACUAUACCAAACUAUAAAGCCAAUUCACGAGUAUUCUUCAAAAACUUAUUACAAAUUGAAAAGGCAUACAAUAAAGAACACAAUUUAACGCACAGAAUGCUACGAGACACUUCAAGAGUCCGGGUGCAUAUUUCAGAUGAUCAGGAACCCUUUCUAGACCAUGGCAUUACUACGCUCCACCUCAUACCUUAUCCAUUUCCUUCUACCUGGCAUACUAUCAAUGAUAAUUUCUCCAACCUUAAUGAAAAAAAUAUUCAUAAAUGGUGUGUCUUGAUGUGUGAAUUUGUAUUCAAAUACUGGAAACCGGACAACAUACCACUCCGUCCGCAUAAACCAUAUGUUAAGCCUCUGAACUAA